GCAACUGUCAUGUCUUCUCGAGCGGGUGGCCUCUACGGAGGCAUCCAAUUCUCUAAAACAAACUUCGUCUCGUCCGUCUCCGAACAGGACACACCUCCAGAAAUUGAGAUGUCAAAGGCCGCCGAGACGACACCGACCGAUGCAGCCUCUGCGGCUACAUCGUCUAUGGCUGCGACCGCGCCUGCGGGAAGCAAGCCCACAGCCGGCUGGUCUGCAGCCCUCGCGUUCGCACCCGUCAAGAAAAAGGGAAAGGCUCCUGCGGCGCGCAUCCCUGCUGGUGCUACUCUUGCUGCAUUUUCUCAGCCAGUCACGGUCAGUGCGCCACCGACAGUGCCUGCGUUUUCCACUGCGGUCAUUGCAGCUGCUCCGGAGCUGGUCCCUCCACCACAAGCGGCAGGAUCUGCUCAGAAGGCCGGAUGGGGAAAGAAGGUCAAGCCACCGUCGAUGAUCUUGGAUGACGAUGUGAAUGGCUUCAAGGGCUCCAAUAAGCGCAAGGGUGGAGGAAAAAAGAACAAGAAGAGUAAGCUCGGGCAGCAAGUCGCCGUAUGGGAUCCUUCCGAACAGUACGAUCCUAUGCGUCCCAACGACUAUGGCGAGUUCAAGGCUUUCAAGCGCAGAGAGAGGGAAGAACGCAGGGAAAGACUUGCUGAAGAGAGACGUAUGCAGAGUGAGAGGAAGAGGUUCAGAAGCAGCAGCUACAGUGACCGUAGUCGCUCUGGGUCGGAGGACGAAAGACCAAAGAAAUCUGGUCGUUACGAUGAGCAUGUCGAUCGAUGGUCCCGCGAAGAUGAUGAUUACGACCGUCCAUGCGGUCUCGGCAGUGGCUCUGUCCCUCCUCCCGCUGCUGUCCAUACCGCUGACACGACUGGCGACGAGGCCUACGCGCGUCGGCUAGCCAUGUCGACCGGAGCGCAACCACCUACUUUUGCUGCUCCUGCUAUCGCCGAAGCGGUUCCAAACUUCGAAGAAGGCCCCUCCAGACCAGAGACAGGCGAAGAGGCUUACCAACGUCGUCUCGCUCUCUCAAACCCGUCUGCCUAUAUUCAGCCUCCAUCUGGCCCUCUUCCACCCUUCCCGCCUCAAUUCCCACCAUCUUCGGCCCACUCACUUUCACCUUCACAACCUCCUCUGAGCGGUGAAGCACCCCCAUUUUACCCCUCCUCUCGCCCCGUGUCACCUCCUUCCGGCCCUGAGCUGGCGUACAAUCCUUUCGCUCCUCCAGCAAGCUCGAUCCCCCCACCCCCGCCACCUGGCGGCCCCAAUGCAGCGAUGGAAGAGCGGGUAAGGAAGGCUGCUGCGAUCGCUGCGAAGUUGAAAGCUCUCGCGCCGCCCGAUGCGUCCGGGUCUGCUUCGGGCGUCGUCGUCGAAGCCUCCCCUACGCCACCGCCGCCAGGUGAUGAUGGACCGAAAGACUUUGCGGCGCGUAUGAUGGCGAAGUGGGGACACAAAGAAGGGCAAGGACUCGGUGCGGACGGUUCUGGGAUCGUGCAUGCGCUCACUGUUGAGCAAGUCAAGGCUGGAAAGCAAAAGGGAAACAAGAGCGUUCAAGAAGCGCCCAUGGCCCCUCAGAAGGGCAAGGCCAAAGGCAUGGGUAUGGGUGCUGCGGGUGCGGGGGCUGGAGGGAUGGGAAGGAUCGUGAAUGCGAAUGAGGAUGCGAAGACGAGGGAGGAUAGGGAGAGGUUUGGGGAUCCGAGUAGGGUGGUUUUGUUACUGAACAUGGUUGGUCCAGAGGACGCGGAUGACGAUGAUCUACCAGGCGAAAUUGGUGAGGAGUGUUCGAAGAACGGGACCGUUGAGCGCGUCAUCGUGCAUCUCGUCCAACCGCCGCCUCAGAACCCAGAAGACGCCGUUCGGAUCUUCGUACUUUUUAAAGGUCCUGCUGGAGCGUGGAAGACUGUUCGUGAGCUGGAUGGAAGGUACUUCGGAGGGAGGACUGUCAGGGCGAGAUAUUUUCCUGAGCGGGCAUUCGGCCAAGGCCUGCUCAAUGGACCGUUAGCUUGAACGAUGUUCGCAACAUCAUGGUGUUUGCGGGGUGGAAGAUGCUGGCGAAUGUGUUUCGCGGUGGAUGAUUACCUAUGAUGUCUUGCUUUUCGAUAUUUUAUGGUGGUCCAGACUCUAUUGUACUUGAGGGUUUGUGUUGUACCGAUUUUCCUUCUUAUCAUGUUUUCUGUGAAACUAUCACUCAAUGCUGUUGAAGAGGC